AUGUGCCUCCACACCGGCACCCACAUCGACGCCCCCGCACACUUCCUCGAAGAUGGCCACUCGAUCGAGAAGACGUCGCUGACGCAGCUCGCGGGCAGGUGCUGCGUGCUUGACUUGACCCAGAUCGAGGGGGACGCGAUCACGCGCGAGGCGUUGGAGCAGCACGAGGCGGUCAUAGAGAAGGGCGUCAUCGUGAUGCUCAAGACCGCCAACAGCGCGCUGAGCACGACGGCGCCGUUCAACCCCAAGUUCGUGUUCCUCCACAUCUCCGGUGCCGAAUACCUGCGCGAGAGAGGCAUCAAGGCCGUCGGCGUUGAUUACCUGGGCAUCGAGCGUGAUCAGCCUGACCACGUCACGCACAAGACUCUGCUGGGCAGCCAGAUUCCGAUCGUGGAGGGCCUGCGCCUUGGGCACGUCGACUGUGGGAGGUCCUAUUACUUCGUGUGCCUCCCGCUGGCCAUCCAGGGACUUGAGGCCGCCCCUGCCCGUGCUGUGCUCUUGCCCCUCUAG